UCUGCAUAGCAAUGAUAGGAGAGACCAUGUGAGGUUAUGACAGAGCCAAGUGACUUGGUGUAUAGCGAGAAUAGGAGAGGGCCUAGAACAGAGCCCUGGGGGACACCAGUGGUGAGAGCGCGUGGUGAGGAGACAGAUUCUCGCCACGCCACCUGGUAGGAGCGACCUGUCAGGUAAGACGCAAUCAAGCGUGGGCCGCGCCGGAGAUGCCCAACUCGGAGAGGGUGGAGAGGAGGAUCUGAUGGUUCACAGUAUCGAAGGCAGCCGAUAGGUCUAGAAGGAUGAGAGCAGAGGAGAGAGAGUUAGCUUUAGCAGUGCGGAGCGCCUCCGAGAGAAGAGCAGUCUCAGUUGAAUGACUAGUCUUGAAACCUGACUGAUUUGGAUCAAGAAGGUCAUUCUGAGAGAGAUAGCGGGAGAGCUGGCCAAGGACGGCACGUUCAAGAGUUUUGGAGAGAAAAGAAAGAAGGGAUACUGGUCUGUAGUUGUUGACAUCGGAGGGAUCGAGUGUAGGUUUUUUCAGAAGGGGUGCAACUCUCGCUCUCUUGAAGACGGAAGGGACGUAGCCAGCGGUCAGGGAUGAGUUGAUGAGCGAGGUGAGGUAAGGGAGAAGGUCUCCGGAAGUGGUCUGGAGAAGAGAGGAGGGGAUAGGGUCAAGCGGGCAGGUUGUUGGGCGGCCGGCCGUCACAAGACGCGAGAUUUCAUCUGGAGAGAGAGGGGAGAAAGAGGUCAGAGCACAGGGUAGGGCAGUGUGAGCAGAACCAGCGAUAAAUGAUAAGGAUGUUAAGCUUGAAAGGGCUGGUAACUGUGACAGCAUGGAAUUCAAAGGAGGCGAUAGACAGAUGGGUAAGGGGAGAAAGAGAGAAUGACCACUUGGGAGAGAUGAGGAUCCCGGUGCCACCACCCCACUGACCAGAAGCUCUCGGGGUGUGCGAGAACACGUAUGGGAGUCUAACAGUGAAACAGUUCAUUCAGCCUCAUUUACUGCAUUAAAAAAAACAUAGCUGAUAUGGCUGACUUGCUUAAACAAAUGUGGUUUCUACUGACAAUUGAGAUGUACAAACUAUGGCAUAAGGGACAGUCUUUUGUCAGACAUAUAUACUUGUACGGGAGUACAGACGGCAGCAUUAUCUUUAGCCUUAGAUUUUUACCCAUUCUAUGCAUGUAUGUUGUGAAAUGUAACGAUUUUGUAUUUCAUGUUUAAUGUGCUUAGUUAGCUGUCGGUCAUUUAAAAAAUGGCGUUGUUGCUUCAUUAGUAUGCCUCGGGUAUAAUGGUACAAUAGUACACUCUAAUACAUAUUGGGCACUUAUUAGCAGAUUAUUAUUGUAUUGUUGUACAACAUUUACAAAAACGAAAUGUGAGUCUUUUGAAAAUAUUAACAUUUAUUGUACAAUGUGUUUUUUUGUUGAUGCUUUUACUCGUGAGUUUGUUCAGAGCGUGAUGAGGAGAGGCAAAUAUACUUGUAUGGGAGUCCAGACGGCAGCAUGAACUUUUGUCUUGUAUUUGUACACAUUCCAUGCAGUCGUUAAAAGAGAGACAACCGGCAGAAUUGUGUCCAGAUCCUUGUCUUCCAUUUACAUCUUACCAGAACAACUCGCAGAAAGGUAUCGGUACAGAGCCGGUUACACUGGCAUGCAUCUAACAUUUUUUUGUUGUUUGCCACACCAAGAUUUACAUGCUAAAAUCGCCACUGCCCAAGGGUGAUUUCACUGGGAGGCCCCUGUAAUAAUCAUAUGUGUAAACAUACUGAAAUAUAAUUGGAUGCAUUUUACCGCCGUAUCAUACUGUGCUAUGAUUGGUUAAGACCACCCAGAUGGUUAGGUCAUGGUCAGUUGAUCAUGGUUGGAGAUAAGUGAACAUGCAGUUGUAGCUAGCUAAUAAAGAGCUACGUUAGAAAUGUCCUGUAGUAAUGCAUUUUAUUAUUUUGUACAAAGCGUGCAAAACAAGACACAGGUCAGUGAGCAGGUCUGAAGAGAAAGAUCCAGAAAGGAUGAGUUUUAUUAAGUUCGGAUUUAGUGCUUUUAUUGCUAUGGUUAUUAAUUGUCUGCACUGAUGUAAAUCCCAGAAAAUAGAUGUGGUAGUGUCAGCAGCUGUUGGCCUGUAGUAGGAUCUAGUAGGGCGAAAGUAUUGGUAUAAAGGUGUAUGUAUAUAUGUAGCGUUAGAUAGUGGUGAGAUUUAUUUCCCCCUUAUUUUCUGUGACAUAUUGUGCAAUUCACACUCCGACCUGUAAAAGUCAGCAACACAGCGUCAAGUCUGCCGAAAACUCACCGGAAGAUGAAGUAAACGGAAGCAGAGAGGAUGAGUCGAAGCGAAAGGAUUUACGCCGCCCAAAAUCGGUCCUCGUGAGAUAAGGUUUAGUAGUGUCGAAAUACGUGAAACUUAUUCAAUCGAAUAUAAGUUUCGUAAUGUUUAGGCUAUUUGAAAUUUACGGAUAUAAGUGGACGCACGUGGAAUUCAGGCAACUGAUAAAUACGACUUAGUUGUGUAUAAUCUUUACGGAAAUGAAGUGUCCAAGAACAAUUUCCACGUUCGCAUUGUUAUUUAGGCGUGUAUUAACACCCAACUAAAAAUAUUACUAAUUUGACUGCAUAGCAUCACAUACUUAAUUCGCAUUGGAGACAUAACUUGGUUGAUAUAUGUUAUCUAGGUAACACUGGCUAGCUGCUAACAAUGGCUAACUGUAUGGUUUUUCACACUCAAAUAGCCUCCAUCAUGGAGGUGUUAGCGAAUGCAGCCGUGGCAGAGAUCUGUAAACUCGUAGACGACGACUAUGCAGUGUUUCGUUUGGAAAUAACUCAAAGCCAGAAAGAAAACAGGGCAUUGCGGAGGAAACUACUGGAACUGAAGGUGGCACGGGAGCGCGCAGAGAGGACAAUGCGAGAGCGCGUCCUCGCCAGUCGGCCAAGUAUCAAGAUCCUUGACAGAUACAGAGGAAUAGCAAGAGGUGAAGGACAUCUCACUGGAGGCCACAGGAACUUUGUGAAGCCAUCGGGACCCAAUACAUUGAGAGAUGACCAACCAAUCACUGUUGAUGAGGGGAAUGGAGCCUCAACCCAGCACAUUAUCGUGAUCGAGUCUGCAGAAGUUGCAGGUUCUGGGGUCAAGCAGGAGAGGUCUGAAGGAGAGGAGGACACACUGCAAAUCCAGACUGGAUUGGCUGGAGCUCCCCCUGUAGCCACGGAUGAACCCGACACCACCCCAGCGCAGACCAAGACCCGAUGCAGUGUGACGGAGGUCAGUGGAACGCUGAACACCGUCCUCAAGUCAGAGACCGACACAGAGACCUUAACUGUAACACAUAGGCUUUUACCCACAGGAUCUGACCAAAUGUCAGACCCAGAGAGACUGGGGCUGGGGAGACUGGGCUGCACUCCUGCUCCCGCCUCAGAGUAUUUACUUUAUGGAAACCCGAGCCCGAGGACGGUUCAUUCCCAUCCGGACUCAGGUGGCGCGUCAGAGACUGGUAAUGAUCCGUCUUGUUCUUACACUUCAGAGAUGGACCCUAGCAACAUUCCGUUGGUUUUAGAGUCACAGACUGAUCUGUCUAGACGGGAUUGGAACCAGUGCAGUAGAAGUGUAUACUCUGAAGGGUGCCUAUAUAAAGCAGGGGAGGGUAUGGCCGUAGAUGAAGUGACUGUGAAAGUGGAGGGCGACAUUCCUCCCACAUGGAAUGUAGAUAGUCUCCUAGGAGAUGGACACUCACAGGGCAGAUAUUUCUUAGAUUACAGGGAAAGCUUGGAGACAAAUCCAAAUGUCGCUACCCACUACCCUUUACACACGCUCAGGGAUCGCGACCCUUUGUCCACGUCGAUGGGGCCUUCUGAUUCACAUGGCAGCGUCCUCUUCGAUCAGGUAUUGAACUCAAAUGACAGGACUAGAGCCCAGGAUCAGAGAGGGGAAGCUACAUCAGGCAAUAGCAAAGAUAAACGGUUCCUCUGCAUGUUCUGUAACAAAGGCUUCAGCUGCCCCCAGAAGGUGGAGAUCCACCAGAGGGUACACACGGGGGAGAAACCCUACAGCUGUACCCAGUGUCACAUGCGCUUCACCCAGGCUGGCAACCUGAAGAGGCACCAGAGGGUGCACACUGGGGAGAAACCCUAUGGCUGUACCCAGUGCCACAUGCGCUUCGCCCAGGCCGGUCACUUGAAGAUGCACCUAAAGGUCCACACGGGAGAGCGGCCGUUCACUUGUACACACUGCGGGAAGAGGUUUUCAGAGAGGAGCUACCUCAGGAUACACCAGCAGAAAAAACACUCCACUCUAUAACAUAGAAAGUAACCAUUCCACUCGAUAGCUUCUGAGGUUUAGAAUAACAGGAGUAACAGAUUUCAGGUGUUGAAUAUUCCUGGGUAGAAUGUUGCAUCCAGACAUUGGCAUAUAUAAGCCUACAAAUCUGUUACAUAUUGUGUUUGUACUGGGCUAUAUGAUGUUCACGAAUGCCUAUUUCAUUACUUCCAUUAGACUACUCUUUUUUUUCUUCCCCAAGACACUUUUAAUGAGAAAAUGAGUGCAGUUUAUCAAGUUCAUGCCUAAUGUUUUGUUGAUGUACAGUGGGGCAAAAGAUUAUUUUCUGUCUCUCACAGACCUGUAACUUCUUUAAGAGGCUCCUCUGUCCUCCACUCGUUACCUGUAUUAAUGGCACCUGUUUGAACUUGUUAUCAGUAUAAAAGACACCUGUCCACAACCUCAAACAGUCACACUCCAAACUCCACUAUGGCCAAGACCAAAGAGCUGUCAAAGGACACCAGAAACAAAGUUGUAGACCUGCACCAGGCUGGGAAGACUGAAUCUGCAAUAGGUAAGUAGCUUGGUUUGAAGAAAUCAACUGUGGGAGCAAUUAUUAGGAAAUGGAAGACAUACAAGACCACUGAUAAUCUCCCUCGAUCUGGGGCUCCACGCAAGAUCUCACCCCGUGGGGUCAAAAUGAUCACAAGAACGGUGAGCAAAAAUCCCAGAACCACAUGGGGGGACCUAGUGAAUGACCUGCAGAGAGCUGGGACCAAGUAACAAAGCCUACCAUCAGUAACACAAGACGCCGCCAGGGACUCAAAUCCUGCAGUGUCAGACUUGUCCCCCUGCUAAAGCCAGUACAUGUCCAGGCCCAUCUGAAGUUAGCUCGAGAGCAUUUGGAUGAUCCAGAAGAAGAUUGGGAGAAUGUCAGAUGAAACCAAAAUAUAACUUUUUGGUAAAAACUCAACUCUUCGUGUUUGGAGGACAAAGAAUGCUGAGUUGCAUCCAAAGAACACCAUACCUACUGUGAAGCAUGGGGGUGGAAACAUCAUGCUGUGGGGCUGUUUUUCUGCAAAGGGACCAGGACGACUGAUCCGUGUAAAAGAAAGAAUGAAUGGGUCCAUGUAUCGUGAGAUUGGGAGUGGGAGAACUUGCACAAUUGGUGGCUGACUGAAUACUUUUUUGCCCCACUGUAUGUGUGGUUUUCCUAUGGUGUAUUUAAGUUGUUUGUUUAAUAAACACCAAAUUUGACUUCA